CGAUUAACAAUUAAAUUUUUAUAAUUUUUCAAGUUUCAUUCCUAUUUCAGACUUAUUUUCAUAAUUUGAUUAAAAAAUGGUGACGAGACGUAGUCCUUCGACGUCUCGCGGUACUAGUCCUGCUAAAAAUAAAAACAACGACAAAAUCACUACUUCGAACACAGAUAAAAAAUCUCCGAUGAAAUCUAGGAUAGGAAAUAGUCCAGAAAAACGGAACGGAAACAAGAAGGAAAACGGAUCGAGAAGAAGUAGUCCAGCUAGAACAAAUUCUUUAGUAAAAUCACGAGACAGCGAAAACGGCGGCAGUAUAGAAAGAUUGGAUGAAGAUAAUAAUUUCCAAAGAAUAAUAACAAAAUACAAUGAUAUAGAAGAUAAUAUUAAUGUGGUUGUACGAGUGAGACCUUUAGGACAGAGAGAAUUAAAAAAUGGAGAAGAAACGGUGGUUCAAUUUCCAGGAUGUGGACAGAUAUUGGUCGAUGGGAUUCCCGGUGGUCCGAGCGGUGGCCAGAAACCGAAAUUAUUUUCAUACAACGUAGUUUUCGAACCUGCGGCUACGCAAGAAGACAUUCUACAAUAUUCCGGCAUGAAAAGACUUAUAGAAAUGGCCGUGGAAGGUUUCAGAUGUACGUGUUUUUGUUACGGACAAACCGGAAGCGGUAAAACGCAUACCCUAACAGGUCCUCCAGGUCUAUUCGGACUAAAACCUGCUCCUUAUAGCGACGAGCACGGACUUAUUUUUCGAUCUUUUAUUUAUUUAUUUCAAUUAAUACAAGAACAACCAGACAUCCAUUUUGUGCUGAAAGCAAGUUUCUUAGAAAUAUAUAACGAAAAAGUAAUAGAUUUAUUAAAUCCGGGAAGCUUACGAAAAUCGUUGGCAGUCAGAUGGAGCAAAAAAUCUCGCGGAUUUUUCGUCGAAAACUUAUUUUCCGUAGAUUGCGAAGAAUUCGACGAUUUGUUGGCUGUUUUGGAAGAGGGUAUGAGAAACAGAUCAGUCGGUAAACACAAUAUGAACGAAUAUUCGAGCCGGAGUCAUACAAUUUUGAGCGUGUAUAUAACGUGCGAACAACCGGCUGAAAACGGCGUUUUCAUAUCGCGAACGGGGAAAAUUAAUUUCGUUGAUUUGGCCGGUAGCGAAAUGACAAAAAAGACGCAAAGCGAAGGGAAAACUUUAGAAGAAGCAAAUAAUAUCAAUAAAAGCCUCAUGGUUUUAGGUUAUUGUAUAUCGUCGUUAAGCGAUUCUAAGAGAUUGAAAAACCAUAUUCCGUACAGGGAUUCCAAGUUAACGAAAUUGUUAGCGGAUUCGUUAGCGGGUAACGGAGUCACAUUAAUGAUAGCUUGUAUAUCGCCGUCGAAAUCGAAUAUUCACGAAACUUUGAAUACGCUCCGAUACGCAGCCAGAGCGAAAAAAAUAAGAACCAAACCAAUCGUAGUAAUGGACCCGAGGGAAUCUCUCAUUUUGAGUUUGAAACGGGAAAUUAGUACUUUACAAAACGAAAAUCAGUACUUGAAAUCGGCCCUGAACGCUUAUUCGGAAUCUAAAACUACAGUCGAUUCAUCGGUUGAAAGAAGGAUAUUAAAAACUCCCCCGCACGUAGAUUUGGAGGAAUUGGCGAAUUUGGAAGGACCGCAACUAGCGGAAUUGGUCAAGUUGUAUAUGCAAGAGAACGAAGCGCUUCGAAAGGAUAACGCCGAGCUGUUUACGUCACGGGAUCUACUACAAAGAGACCACGAAGUUGUUUGUAGAGAAAACGAGAGAUUAUUGAAGAAAUUGGAAGAAGUUAAUUCUUCUCCAUUGAUUCCGACUAGGCCAGCUUUUUCUGCAGAAGUGAUGAACGGUGAUGGGGACGUAACGAACAUUUGGACUAACUCGGAGCCUGAAAAAUUUUCGAAUAUUCCAGAAUCCAUUAAAAAGGAACUAGACAAACGCCAAAUAGGGAACAGUAACCAAAUAAAAAAUCACCUCAAGCAUAAUACAACAGAAGAAAAUCAAACGAAAAAUCGUCGUUUGCAAACACCACAAACUCAAGAUAAAAACAUAAAAAAACCUACAAGCGAUUUAAAAGAUGACGUCGAACAAAAUGAAGACCAAAGAAGAUUUUCGGUAGCCAGACGCGACAGCAAACAAAAAAAUAAUUCAGAAGUUUUCGGCAGUAUGAUUUCGUUAAACGAUGAAGAAAUUAGUUGAAAAAUCCACGUACACGUCAAUAUAUCGAUAAAAAAUUCCUGUUUUAGCAUUAAAAUUUAAAAGAUA